GUGUGUUCGCCCACUAGUUGAAACUCCUCACCAGCUUCAGUGAGAAGAAGAAGAAAACGACGAAGCCAUGCGUUUUUGCCCGUGCUUUGGAUCCGACGAGGCCAAGGCGAUCGCCGAUCGCGACCCGGUUCUGCUGGUUUCGGGCAUGGGCGGCUCCAUUGUGAAUUCCAAGCCCAAGACAUUCGGGUUCACAACCCGGGUUUGGGUCAGGCUUCUGCUCGCUGAUAUGGAGUUCCGGAAGAAGAUUUGGUCCCUUUACAAUCCCAAAACAGGCUACUGUGAAACGUUGGACAAGAAGUCUAAGCUUGUGGUCCCUGACGAUGAUCAUGGCCUCUAUGCGAUCGAUAUUUUGGAUCCAUCGUGGUUUACGAAAUGCGUGCAUUUGACAGAGGUGUAUCAUUUUCACGACAUGAUUGAGAUGCUUGUUGCAUGCGGUUACGAGAAGGGAACCACGCUGUUUGGGUUCGGAUAUGAUUUCCGCCAAAGCAAUAGGAUUGACAAGUCAAUGGAAGGUCUUAAACAUAAGUUGGAGACUGCUCACAAAGCUUCUGGUGGAAGAAAAGUCAAUUUAAUUUCUCAUUCCAUGGGAGGAAUUAUGAUCUCGUGUUUCAUGUCGCUUCACAGAGAUGUGUUUACGAAAUAUGUGAAUAAGUGGAUUUGCUUGGCUUGCCCUUUCCAAGGAGCCCCAGGGUGCAUCAAUGAUUCUUUAUUAACUGGAUUAGAGUUUGUUGAUGGCUUUCAAAGCUACUUUUUUGUGAAAAGGUGGACUAUGCAUCAAUUGCUAGUGGAGUGUCCAUCAGUCUAUGAAAUGUUGGCAAAUCCAUCUUAUGAGUGGAAAAAGCAGCCAGAAAUUCUAGUCUGGCGAAAGCAUACAAAGGACGGGGACAAUAACACCAAUUUGGAAUCUUAUGGACCAACCCAGAGUAUAUCUUUAUUUGAAGAAGCACUGCGGAAUAAUGAGCUAAGUUACAAUGGGAAAACAAUACGGCUUCCCUUUAACUUUGAUAUCCUUGACUGGGCUAUUAAAACACGACAACUUAUCGCAAAUGCUAAAUUGCCAGAUGGAGUCAGCUUCUAUAACAUUUACGGGACAUCGUUGGACACACCUUUUGAUGUUUGUUAUGGUUCGGAAGAUUCUCCAAUUGAGGACUUAUCCGAAAUUUGCCACACAAUGCCACUAUAUUCUUACGUGGAUGGGGAUGGAACAGUUCCUGCUGAAUCUGCGAAGGCUGAUGGACUGAAAGCCACUGAAAGGGUGGGAGUUGGUGCUUCUCAUCGUGGAAUAUUACGAGAUGAGACAGUAUUUCAACAUAUUCAAAAAUGGUUGGGUGUUGAGCCAAUGGUUAGCAAGCAAUCUAAAAUAUCUAAAGUUGCAGAUGCUCAUCGAAUCUUGCCUAUUGUUCUAUAACUGUUACUUUCGUUCCUCAUUUACCAAAAGAAAAUGCCAUUCCUUGCUUUACUUUUUCUUUCUUUUUUAAGAAAAAGGAAAAAAGGCUUAUAAAGACUUAAAGUGCUGGUCUUGGUGCGAUAAAUAAUUUGGCGAAUGUUCAGG